CCUGGAGCGCCGUGUCCGCUGCCGCGCUCCUCAGGGCAGGAGGGACACGGAGCGCCUGGAGCGGGAACCGCGCGGGGCAGCGAGGGAUGGAGAGCUGGAGCGUCUCUCCAGCGAGGGAUGAGUCCAGUGCCAGUGGGAUGGGCAGUACCUUGCCAGCAGUAGCAGAAGAGCUUCUGAAAGAGAUCAAAAAGGCUUUUCAGGAGACCUCACACGUCCCUGAUGAGCUGCUGCUGGGGCUGAGGUUCAUAUUUGGCCCAUGUGCUGUCCCAGCUUUGGAUUUGGUGGAUCAAUGUUCUGUCACCCAAGUCACGUCCCCCAGUGGAAGGACCCUGUACCAGGUCCUUGGGAACUCAGGCAAACUCUACACCUGCUACAGCUCCUGCCACUUCUGCACAUGUCCUGCUUUCGGGUUCUCUGUGUUGCAGAAGAGCGUGAGCCUUCUGUGCAAACACAUACUCGCCGUCUACCUCAGCCAGGCCAUGGGAGCCUGCCAGGAACUCACUGUCUCUGAGGAGCAGCUCACAAGCAUCUUGCUGGCUGAGGAAGAGGAGGAAGGAUGAAGGAUUUGAAUGGGAUUUGAUGAAAGGGUUGUACUUUCUGUGUACCCUCCUGGAGGUGUAGCUGGCAUUUUUCAUAUCUGCAAGGCUGUCAAAUGCUCGUGGUGGCUGGCAGGUUUCUUACUGUGCUGCAGCCAAGCAUGACAUUAAUUAGCAGCUUUGCACUGAUAAAUUAAUUAAUAAAUGUUAAGAAGCCUGUGUUGA